AUGGCGGCGGACGUCGAGGGGGACGUGUACGUGCUGGUGGAGCAUCCCUUCGAGUACACGGGCAAGGACGGGCGCCGCGUCGCCAUCCAGCCCAACGAGCGCUACCGGCUGCUGAGCCGCAGCACGGAGCACUGGUGGCACGUCCGGCGCGAGCCCGGCGGCCGCCCCUUCUACCUGCCCGCGCAGUACGUGCGCGAGCUGCCGGCGCUCGGGGACCCCGCCACCGCCUCGCCGCCACCCGCGCUCCGCCCGGGCCCCGCAGCCCCCGAGCCGCUGGCCUACAACUACCGCUUCGUGAGCGCGCCGGCGCCCGCGGGCCCCGACGGCACGCCCGCCAAGCCCCGGGGCCGCGUGAGCUCCCUGUGCGGCCCCGCGCGGCGCGGCGCGGAGACCCAGCGCAGCAGCCUGGCGCCGGGCCUGCCCACCUGCCUGUACACACGGCCCGCGGCGCCCGUGCGGCCCGCGCAGUCCCUGGACGACCUGGCGCGCGCCGCCGUCGCGCCCCUCGCCGGCCUCCUCGGGAGCGCGGGCAGCUUCAAGGCCUGCAGCGUGGCGGGCUCCUGGGUGUGCCCGCGACCCCUGGCGCGCAGCGACUCCGAGAACGUCUAUGAGGCCAUCCAGGACGUGCGCUGCCCGCCGCGGGAGGAGCGCCCGCAGCAGGUGGACGACCCCCCGGAGGAGCCCGUGUACGAGAACGUAGAGAGGCAGCAUUCGGUCCCUUCGCUGGGCGCCAUCGCGCUCCCCCGGCCCCCGGCGUGGGAGACGCACACGGACGCGGGCAGCGGGCGCCCCUACUACUACAACCCAGACACGGGCGUGACCACCUGGGAGUCGCCCUUCGAGGCUGCUGAGGGCGCCGCCAGCCCAGCCACCUCCCCGGCCUCGGUGGGCAGCCGCGAGAGCCUCGAGACCGACUGGGGUCAGUAUUGGGAUGAGGAGAGCCGCAGGGUGUUCUUCUACAACCCGCUGACGGGCGAGACCGUCUGGGAGGACGAGACGGAGGACGACCCCGAGGACGAGCUGGAGAUGCAGCCGGGCCUGAGCCCGCUCAGCCCCAGGGACCAGAGGCCCCCUACCCCUGAGACGGAUUACCCCGAGUCGCUGACCAGUUACCCGGAGGAGGACUAUUCCCCCGUGGGCUCUUUCAGUGAGCCUCGGUCCACCUCGCCUUUGGCCACGCCCCCCGGCUGGUCUUGCCAAGUGAGCCCCGACGGGCAGACGCUCUACACCAACCACUUCACCCAAGAGCAGUGGGUGAGGUUGGAGGAUCAACACGGGAAGCCCUACUUCUACAACCCAGAUGACGCCUCAGUUCAGUGGGAGCUGCCCCAGGUUCCUGUCCCUGCUCCUCGAAGCAUCCACAAAUCUGGCCAGGACAGUGAAACCCCAGCCCAGGCCAGCCCACCUGAGGAGAAGACCAAGACCCUGGAGAAGGCCGGUGUGCUCCAUCGUACCAAGACGGUGGACAAGGGAAGGCGGCUCCGGAAGAAGCACUGGAGCGCCUCCUGGACGGUGCUGGAGGGUGGUGUGCUGACAUUCUUCAAGGACUCAAAGGCCUCAGCUGCAGGCGGCCUGAGGCAGCCUCCCAAGCUCUCCACCCCUGAGUACACAGUGGAGCUGAGAGGGGCCUCUCUCUCCUGGGCCCCCAAGGACAAAUCUAGCAGGAAGAAUGUGCUGGAGCUGCGGAGCCGAGAUGGCUCAGAGUACCUGAUCCAGCAUGACUCCGAGGCCAUCAUCAGCACCUGGCACAAGGCCAUUGGCGAGGGCAUCCAGGAGCUGUCCGCAGACCUGCCUCCGGAGGAGGAAAGCGAGAGCAGCAGCGCGGACUUCGGAUCCAGCGAGCGCCUGGGAAGCUGGCGGGAGGACGAGGCGCGGCCGGGUGCAGGUGCGCGCGGGUGACCCGGCCCCGCACUCCCAGGCCCAGGCGCAGCCACCACGGAGAGCGACCUGAGCAGGGUCCGGCACCGGCUCCUCAAGUUGCUGCUGAAGCGGCCCACGCUGCAGUCGCUGCGGGAGAAGGGCUACAUCAAAGACCAGGUGUUCGGCUGUGCGCUCGCCGCGCUGUGUGAGCGCGAGAGGAGCUCCGUGCCGCGCUUCGUGCAGCAGUGCAUCCGCACCGUCGAGGCCCGGGGGCUGGACAUCGACGGCCUGUACCGCAUCAGUGGAAACCUGGCCACCAUCCAGAAGCUGCGCUAUAAGGUGGACCACGAUGAGCGCCUGGACCUGGACGACGGGCGCUGGGAGGACGUCCACGUGAUCACCGGGGCCCUGAAGCUCUUCUUCCGAGAGCUGCCGGAGCCCCUCUUCCCCUUCUCGCACUUCCGCCAGUUCAUCGCGGCCAUCAAGCUGCAGGACCAGGCCCAGCGCAGCCGCUGUGUGCGGGACCUGGUGCGCUCGCUGCCCGCCCCCAACCACGACACGCUGCGGCUGCUCUUCCAGCACCUGUGCAGGGUGAUCGAGCACGGCGAUCAGAACCGCAUGUCCGUGCAGAGCGUGGCCAUAGUGUUCGGGCCCACGCUGCUGCGGCCCGAGACCGAGGAGACCAGCAUGCCCAUGACCAUGGUGUUCCAGAACCAGGUGGUGGAGCUCAUCCUGCAGCGCUGCUCAGACAUCUUCCCGCCGCACUGACCGCGGGCCCCUGCCCCCACCCCUCGCGGCUGGCGCUGCGGACCCGGGACCGGGGGCGGCGACAGUGGUCCUGCCUUGGAAGCUGGACGGUUGGAGUCCGCUUGGCUGGACUCAUCUGUGAGACCCUCCGCCUCCCAGCGGUCCGCAAGGCCGAAGUGAAAUCUGCACCCCUUGGUGCAGUAUGGUGUCCCCUGGUGGGC